UGCUGUGCUUUGGUACUAACAGAGAAGGGAAGGGACUGCUAGAACUAGAGAGGGCGACUGCGCCUUUAAGAAGUGGAAAGCGAAACAUCAAGCGUUUGCUAGCUUGUUUACAAUGAAUUUAUUCGAUAUGGUUUAUAUCAAACUGUUGCUGUGGUUUUGCUUUAUUAGGAAUAUCAAAGGUCAGUAUGAGAACCCUCUGAACAAGUACAUCCGCCACUAUGAGGGCCUGUCGUACGACACCGAGGCCCUGCACAGCAGCCACCAGAGAGCCAGGAGAUCUCUCUCCCACCAGGACAAGGUCCUGCAGCUGGACUUCCACGCACACGGCAGGCAUUUCAACCUGCGGAUGAGGAGAGACACCUCCCUCUUCUCUCCAGACCUGGUGGUGGACGUGUCAGGAGAAGAGGCCCCGUACGACACCUCCCACAUCUACUCAGGAGAGAUCUUUGGUGAGAAAGGAACUCUGACCCAUGGCUCGGUGGUGGCCGGGCGCUUCGAGGGCUUCAUCCAGACCCACCAGGGCAUGUACUAUGUUGAGCCCUCGGAGAGGUACCUCCAAGACAAGGACGUCCCCUUCCACUCUGUCAUUUAUCACGAGGAUGACAUCAAAUACCCCCAUAAGUACGGGUCUGAGGGGGGCUGUGCGGACCACUCCGUGUUUGAGAGGAUGAAGAGGUACCAGGUGUCUGCAGUGAAGGCAGAGAAGGACUCCAGCAGUGUGCUGGAGGAGGAGGAGAGGUCUCCUGGCCCGGUGGUCCUGAGGAAGAAGAGGGCGGCCCAGGCAGAGAAGAACACCUGCCAGCUCUUCAUCCAGACCGACCACCUCUUCUUCAAAUACUAUGGCACCAGAGAGGCUGUCAUUGCGCAGAUCUCCAGCCACGUGAAGGCCAUCGACUCGAUUUACCAGAGCACAGACUUCCUGGGAAUCCGCAACAUCAGCUUCAUGGUCAAGAGGAUCAGGAUCAACACCACCACGGACGAGAAGGACAAGACCAACCCCUUCCGCUUCGCCAACAUCGGCGUGGAGAAGUUCCUGGAGCUGAACUCGGAGCAGAACCACGACGACUACUGCCUGGCCUACGUGUUCAGCGACAGGGACUUUGACGACGGCGUGCUGGGCCUGGCGUGGGUCGGCGCUCCAUCAGGAAGCUCCGGGGGCAUCUGUGAGAAGAGUAAGCUGUACUCUGACGGCAAGAGGAAGUCCCUGAACACAGGCAUCAUCACCGUGCAGAACUACAACUCCCACGUGCCUCCCAAGGUCUCCCACAUCACCUUCGCCCACGAGGUCGGACACAACUUUGGAUCCCCGCAUGACUCGGGCACAGAGUGCACCCCGGGAGAGUCUAAGGCCCAGGAGAAGAAGGAGCAGGGGAACUACAUCAUGUACGCCCGGGCCACCUCAGGAGACAAGCUCAACAACAACAAGUUCUCCAUCUGCAGCGUGCGCAACAUCAGCCAGGUGCUGGAGAAGAAGAGGGCCAACUGCUUCGUCGAGUCCGGCCAGCCCAUCUGUGGUAAUGGCCUGGUUGAGGCAGGAGAGCAAUGUGACUGUGGCUACAGUGACCAGUGUAAAGACCAGUGCUGCUACAAUGCGAACGAGGCUGACGGCAAGAAGUGCAAACUCAAGCCUGGUCAAAUCUGCAGUCCCAGCCAAGGCCCUUGCUGCACACCAGAGUGCACCUUUAAGGGCACCAACGACAAGUGCAGAGAUGAUUCGGAGUGUGCCCACCAGGGCAUGUGUAACGGUGCCACAGCCCAGUGCCCCACCUCUGAGCCCAAGGCCAACUUCACCGCCUGCCACGGAGAGACGCAAGUCUGCCUCAACGGGGGCUGCUCUGGCUCCAUCUGUGAGAAGUAUGGUCUGGAGGUGUGCACCUGUGCCAGUACGGAAGGCAUCGACGAGACGGAGCUGUGCCACGUCUGCUGCAUGGAGAAAGCAAAUCCCAACACCUGCAGCAGCACCGGCUCUGCGAAGUGGGUCCGCUUCUUCAACAAGACGGUCACCACGCUGCAGCCCGGAUCCCCCUGCAACGACUUCAAGGGCUACUGUGACGUGUUUAUGAAGUGUCGCCUGGUGGAUGCCGACGGGCCUCUGGCCAGGCUAAAGAAGGCCAUCUUCAACGCGGAGCUCUACGAGAACAUAGCAGAAUGGAUAGUGGCUCAUUGGUGGGCAGUGCUGCUGAUGGGCAUCGCCCUCAUCAUGCUGAUGGCUGGCUUCAUAAAGAUCUGCAGUGUCCACACACCCAGCAGCAACCCCAAACUGCCCCCACCCAAGCCCCUGCCAGGCACCCUGAAGAGGAGGAGAGCCCAGCAAGCCCAGGCCCAGGCCCAGCAGCAGCGCCACCGCCAGCCCAGAGAGAACUACCAGAUGGGCCAGAUGAGACGCUGAUCACACCCCUGGGCCCCUCUUUGCCUUGGUUCUUCCUAGUGCCUACAGUGGGAACACUUCACUCCAAAGAGUUACCUGUACCAACCAUUGCAACAACCCAACCCGCCCAUCCGCAAACUUUCAAACUGGCAUCAGAACUUAUUCCAGUGGACCAGAUCGUCCGGUCCAGGACCAAACAAACGUCCUCAGAACCACAACCGAGGGAGCCAGCCAGGCUGUGGUUUGUUCACACAGCUUUGAAAGAAAAAAAAAACUAGUUAAAAAAGAAAAGAAAAAAAAAAAUAUAUAUAUAACGAUUUUAGUUCUGGGUGAGGGACGGGACGAGAAAAUCUUCAGUUGUUCUGUGGUCUUUAUCUUUUUCUUCCAAACGCUUCUUUUCUACCGGAGCGCAGAGGAGAGUGGACGUGCAUGGUGGCAGCACCUGUCUUCCUCUGUCCUCUUCCUUCACCUCUCCUCUCUGAAAUGCUGCCCUCUGGAGCAGGACAGCAGGACUGCAGCCACAUUGGUUAAUGCUGCCACCAGGGCCAGGCAAUCAGACAUUGGAGUGGAAAAAGACUUAUUUUGCCAAUGUAUUUGUUUUCAAUCAAAGCGAGAUAAAAAAAAAAGAUCUAAAUCGCAGGCUUUUUCUUUUUUAAAGCACAUGUUCUUUCCGCGUGCAAAUUGUACAGUUCUUACGAUAUCGUUUUUUCUUUGUAUCACAUGCAAUUUUGAUUUACCUGCUGUCUAAGAUUAUUUACUGUUUUAAUUCACUUUCUCAGGAUUAAUGAAACAGCAAACAGAUGUUAGUAACGGAUGGCCCGGUGAUGAUCUUUGGUGUAGAACAGCCUUCCUGAGAAGUCUACAUCAGCUGCAUGUCAGACCCCGGAGCCUUCUCUGUUCUGUGGUACCUGCGUGGAUGGACGUCUGUCCUUUAGGGAGUGGCGUGGGACGCGAGAGGUGUGGAUGACGCUGAACAAGACGAAGCCGGUGGUGUGUGUGUGAUGUGGAGAGACGCCACAUGGAUGCUGUGUUCCACCCGUCAGGCUGCUGGAAUGUUUGUAGGAGCGAAUGUGAUUGGGUAUAGCCGGUGGGAGGUGUCAUACACAGCUUCCCUUCUAGAUUCAGAGAUGAGAUUACAUUAGGCUGGAAAUAACGUUUUUUUUUUUUUUUUUUUUCGUCUUCUUUUUUUUUCUUUUUUUUUUACUUAAUCAUAUGACACAUUUUUCUGUUCGAUUGCUUUGCUUUUUGUCUACGUCCAUCAUAGAACAACCACUAUAUACAGCAGAUGUUCUCGUCUGUUGAUCAUUUGAAAGAAGGGCAAAUGAGGACAGCGGGCAGGAGGUGGAGGGGGGGAUCACCAGUGCUUUAAGUGGGCGUGCUGGCUGGUGCUACAACCUACGACUGCUCCCCUCUGAUAGCGCUAUCAUCAUAUCCUAGCAGUCCCAGGGCCCACAGCUGGGGAGCUGACUGGUGCAUGGAGGGCAGUUAGACCGAGCAGUCACACAGCACUGCCCUGCCACUCUGGGGAUGCUCAUACUGGCCGCCCACCCUGAAUGUUGCCAUGAGCUACCUUACACGCACAGCCAGUAAGACUCAUCCGGGUUAGGGUUAGGCCAGCUUGAGGAGCCCCUCUUCAUUUUUGGCAUGUUUUAGGUAUGUGAUUUAACGGCUUGCCAGAUGAAGAACUUGGAUGGCUUUAAUGUGAUUGUGGUUUUUAAAUGUAUUUUUUUCUUGGGGGGGGGGGGGGGGGGUGUUUGUGUGUUUUUUUUGGGACAACUGUUUGUUGUUGGAGGAAUUGUAUUGAUUGAUGAAACCUUGAAAGUCGCUUGUUGUGACUGAUGUCUGGCUGAUGUUAUAUCUGAUAAUGACAUUUAAAAGGGCAACCAAUCAACUAUUUUCAGAUCAUCACUAUUCAUUCCUCCAACACCAUUUUCCUCACCCUUUUAAUCAAGUGAUAUGCAUGUCCUUCACCUCUCCCAAACUAACCCAAACCAGAAGGUCAGUUCAAAUGAUUAGACCCUUCAAUGCCUAGUCUUAGCCUUCUACAGGUAUACAUAAAUAUUUAAACAUGUGCCUGACUGGAGUGGGCCCUGAUCUCCUCUAAGCCCAUCACGGCACCACCGUCUGUAAGUCAGUGGAGUGUCAGCUGCACUCAGCCAGCAGAGAACAGUCAAGGUCAAAUGUUCAACUCCCAGGGGAGGAUAUCCUGUCAGGCUGCCCUGAGGACCUGUGGAAGAGAGGUUGGAGGGAACAGAUUGGCUCUGCCUGACCUCAGCUCUCUCCAGCCUCAGAGGCCGGCGUUGCUUUCUGCAACGCGUCAACUUGACUUGCGGAAGGGAGAGGACCGGGGAUAUGCUAACUUCCUGUGUUCACCCGUUGUUGAUUGUCAGGACGCGAGUGGUCAAAGUUGUUAUCCUGUCACCAUGCUUUCUGAAUAGUUACUGGAGAAUGAGCAAGUCUGGAGCUAACCCUGUUUUUUAGUUCUAAUACAGUUGUUCUAUGGCUAUGUAAUAGAUACAUAUCUAUUAUCAACAGUACUAGGUACAAAACAAAAGACAGUGUUAAGACCAGCAGGCCUCCUUCCCAACAGUGGCACACAGAGUGAUACACUGUCAUGAUGACAGGGCAUCCAUGCCAUGGAUCAAUGUUCAUUAUCUUCAAGAAAGCUUGUCAGACCAAGGCAAAAUCCUCCUUUGAUUCCAAAUUGUAUUUUAUUUGUUCUUUCUGUUUGGUGGGAAUGGGUUUCUGUCUCUGGAUGAUAAGGAAUGUCAUUGUCUUCAGCAUAAGUGAUGCUCAUUUGAGCUUGAUCCCCAUGAAUGAUUAUUCUCUGAUUCUUUUCUUUUAGUUUCUGUGGUAUGGUUUGGGUAAGAGGUGUAUAGGGAAAUUCUCUUAACUAGAUUUGUUCUUCUUUCUCAUACACUGAAAUGUUACGAGUGAUUCUAAAAUGUAAAAAGUAAAAUACUACUGUCUGAUUUAAUGUCCACUGUGUUUUAUACAGUAUAUUCCAUUUGCUUUUCAUUCGUUGUUUUAGUUUUUCAGUUUCAGCUAAAUUAGGCCUUUUUUUCUUUUUUUUUACAAAAAAAUGCUUAAGGUAUUGUCCAAAGUUUUUGUUAUUUUUUAAUUACAUGAAAUGCAUUAAUAAAAAUAGACGAUCAAAAAUGCAUACCGGAA